GCCAAAUUUUUGUCCAAGAAAUUAUUCAUAGUUUACAUUGGAAACCAAUCGAAUAGGUCAUCAAAAUGCACUAAAGCUGGUGUAAUUUUCAAAAUGGAUAGAAACAGAAAACAGUGGGGUAAGGGUUCCCCAGCACUGAAUGUACCUGCCGCUGGUGAGGAGAGGCCUAAAGAAGAGGUGACAGAAAAGCAUGAUGAGUAUCUGAUUCUGCUUCAAGAACGCAACAGGUUAAUGAAGCGACUUAAGAAGAAGGAUCCCAGGCAGAUGGAGAUAGAAAGAAAAGAGCAAGGUUUCUCUCUUUAUGUGAAUGGAGCAAACACUGAGUCAGAUGUGUUAAUGGCAAGGAAGGCUACAUGUAAGCCGUCUGCUAAUGGUCCCAAGACGAUGAAGAAGGGCGCCAUCACCCACCGAGAUUUGAUCAAAGCUCAGCAGGAACAUUAUGAGAAGACAAGAUCGAAGACGGCUCCUGUGAAAACCCAGAGAAAGAACUGGUUGGCGUCGUCGGUGCAAGUGAAGACAAACGAUGGUAACAGGGUCAAGAUAAAGGCACCAGAAAUACUUACAGGAAAUUACAGUGAGGACUUUGAACCUUACGUGAGUGAAAGUUACCAGGACGAUGGGUCGGAUUCUGAGGAGGAGGAUAGCGACGAGGAAAGGGCACAGGUUUACAGGAAGAUGACACGAGUCCUUGAAGGAGAUCUAUCAGUGGACAGUCUGGAGGUGGAUGCGUCUCGGCAUGUCCGAGGCAGCACCAGGAGUGAUCAGCUGAUGCUAAGUCUCGAUGAUGUGAAGAAACUCCGUAGAAGUUUAGUAAUGAAUGCCAGUAUUCAACAGAGCAUAGCUGAAGAAGUAGAAGGAGGUGAAUCAAGUGAUAGUGAUGCAGCCAGCCCGAUCCCUGAAGAAGAUGAAGACGAUAUUGAGGAAGAAAUCCAAGAGUCGUUAGAUAUUGAAAUGAAAGGCAACAAACACGGAGCUUGGAAGCCUGGAGAUAUGAUUGUGUUGGAGUUUGCCCCAAAACCUAAGAAUGUUGGCAAAAAUCUGUCUGUAGCCCGUAAGUCUAACAGUGAAGUCUAUGAACCAUUACGGGGGAACCAACAGAAGUACCCAUCAACUGCAAAUCCCACCAAGUCUAAAGACAUCAUUCUGCAAGCUGAACCUUCUAAUAAGAAAUCAAGUCGUCCAUUGUCAGCCAAUCGAAAGUCUACCAAGGAUAUGACCAUGGACAGUACAGCUGAUGUUAGUGGUGUCCUCGCUGCGAUGAGGGCUGAAAAUGAGAAAAUUGAAAAGGAAAAACUUGCGGAGAAGAAAGAGCCGAGGCCGAAACAGAAGAGUUCACACGGGAAACCGAACAGUCCAAGGGUUCUGACUCCCCUCCGUUCCUCCUGUGAUCGCCCGCCGUCAUCAACGUCUGUGAUACCCGAGCCACACAGCAAGAGUUUCUCUGCCGGCAUUGGAACUGGUUCUUCUGAUACAGUACUCACGGAAAAUAAUCUUGCCACAGUCUUGGAUAGGGUGUUAGAAAUGGAUUCGAAACAACAAAAGAAGUUAUUGCGUGUCCUUUCAAAGAUUGAAGCCGCCUCCAAUAUCUCCCUGAAGAGUGUUGAAAAAGGUCCAAUGAGGGCUGUCCAUGGUCUCCCGACUCGGCCAGACAUUAAAGCCAUGAAACAGUCUCAGUCUGAUGACGUAGAGAUGAUCGAAGUUCAUAUGGAAGUCGUAUCAAACUGGGGUCACCCAAGCAGAGUCGGCUUGACAGAGAUCCAGUUCUUUGACAUGGAGAACAAACGCCUGGAGGUCGACCCAAAUGAUGUCAACAUCUAUGGCGCUGACGAUGUCAAGGGAAUCAUUGCUAACGUACUGAAUGGAAAAUUCAAGACAACCAAAGAGCGUAAUAUGUGGUCUUGCUCCCAAGGAGGUGACAAAGCAGUAGAGCUUUCCUUCGUCCUCCACAGACCAUCUACAGCAACACAGGCAUUUGGAAUAUCAAAAAUCAAAAUAUGGAAUUAUAACAAAAGUUUAAAUGAUUUGGGCAUUGGAAUGAAAGAUGUGAGGAUCUUCAUCGGAGGUGAACUGGUGUACCAGGGUGAAAUAGACAAGGGCUGUGGGAAUCAAGUUUUUGAUUAUAACAAGUCUGUGGUCAUUCAUAACGUGGACGCCCAGGGCGACUCAACCCCACGAUCAAACCCCUCCCCUGAUGCCAGGCGAACUCCAUCACCAAAGACAAUCACCCGCAGUCCUACUGGGACUCCUACCUCUUAUAUCCCUGGGAGCUUUAACCCAAAAUUUAUGCAGAAAUCACCUCGUACGAGUCCAGAACACCCAAGGAAAAGUACCAAUGAGAAAUUGCGUCGGUCUAGUCCGCCUCGAAAAAGCGAGAACAUCAGAAGAUCUGCUGAAAAGUCGAAUGCACUUUCUCCGAGGAUAUCUCAUGAACGUCUGAAAUCCCCAAGGAAAAGUGCAGACGACAGUAAAGAUAAACACACAAGGAGUACCACGAGGUGCAUUGACCGUAGUCCUGACCCAGGUAUCCAGAGACCAGUCAUUGCGACCUCACCUGAUGGAGAAUCAGAGGAGAUCAAGGCUAGAGUUACAGGUGAAGGGAAACGGGCUGGGACCCCCGGUAAAUCCAGUCGAAUGGCCGCUAACUUUGGAGCAAUGGAACCAGAUAAAGCCAAUACAGUCCAAGACCUAAAAUCCCCCAGAAUGUCCCAAGAGAAGAUUGUCCCAACGGUUGCAGCGAGUAUGGAUGAUGUGUCGUUAUUGCAACAGUUAAAGCAAGUGAAUGAGCCGAGCAGAUCAAAUAGUCGAGCCAAAAGUCGUCCAAAAUCUGAGACCCCAAGAUGGCUUCAGAAAGAAGAAGAGGAACCUUUUCCACGUCCAGACUCGGGGAAGAAUGAAACUCUCUUGGAGAUGGGACACUGGCCUAAUCGAGGUCUUCCAGAGCUACCCACUGUUCUUGAUGACUCGAAACAAGACCUACCCCAAAGUCGGACUCCUACCACAGGGCGCAGAUCAAGUGCCAGGACUGUGAAAACACCAGAUCUUGUAGCAGACGACUCAGAGGAGCAGAAAUUUUUCCAAGAACAUCGUGCACAGCUUGAAGCGGACACCAGCCGGUGUGAUAGCCCCAUGACGAGGAUUGAAACAGCUAGGCAGAAGUGGAGGAAACAGCACAGUUUGAGUCUGGAAGAAUCGUGGACGUCAUUGAAUCUCUUUGAUAAGAACCAGAGGGGAAGAAUCUCAAUUGAUAUGCAAGGAGAUGCCUUGGAUAGUUACCUGCCAGCAGAUGUCAAGAAGGAGCGCAAGGAGUUGCCCAUUGUGGAGGACCUGGAGAACAGCUCAUCUGAAGAUGACGAGUUCAUCAUCCCAGAGCUUCCUUAUGGUAAAGAACUAGUGAUAGACAUCAGGUCCACUUGGGGAGACAAUCAUUACGUGGGCCUGACGGGCAUUGAGGUGUUCACCAAGGAUGGAGAGCCUGCAACAGUGGCUAAGAUCUCUGCUGACCCUGAAGAUAUCAAUGUACUGCCAGAAUAUGACAAAGAUCCUCGAGUUGUGACUAAUCUGAUCGAUGGCAUCAACCGCACGAGAGAUGACACGCACAUGUGGCUAGCACCGUACAACAAAGGAAAGAAACAUUCUGUGUUCAUCACGUUUGAAAAACCUUGCCGAGUGGCGAUGAUGAGAAUAUGGAAUUACAACAAAUCCAGAAUCCAUUCAUACAGAGGUGUGAAGGAUGUCUAUAUCUCACUGGAUGGAAAGUUCAUCUUCAAAGGAGAGAUUACUCGUGCAUGUGGCGGAGUCAUUGGUGGAACAGAGGCAUUUGGGGAUACGAUAUUGUUCUCAACCGAUGAAGAGAUCCUCGAUGCUGUAUCACAAUAUGAUGAGCAGUUUGAGGGAGAUGAAUUCAGCGACUCGAGUGAAGAAGAAGAGGAGGAACGGCCAACGACUGCUGACGACGGAGAGGGGGUCCGGCCAUUCACCUCAGCUGUUCGAAAAGUUAAAAACCAGGAACCGUUUAAGCCCGAGGUUGGGGAAUUCACUGAUAUACCUGAUGUUGAACCGCCUAUGGCCUCGCCAAGACGAGAGCAGUUGGUUCAGACAGCACAACAUGUAUCGCAAGAAGGAGAUGCACUGGUUUACGAGGGGCAAUAUGUUCAGCUUAAUUUCACUGCCACAUGGGGAGACAUUCACUACCUUGGCCUGACUGGUUUAGAAGUUGUCGGCCGAGACGGGGAAGCUCUCCCACUAGAUAUGAAAAUGAUUGAAGCCGACCCGAGAGAUUUGAGUGUUCUGCCCGGUUAUGACAGAGACGAUAGAACACUGGAUAAGGUAAUCGAUGGUGUGAAUGUAACAUUGUCUGAUGAGCAUAUGUGGUUGGUGCCUUUUACGGAAGGGGAGGAUCACACUCUGACGAUUACGUUUAGACAAUCAGUUGAGAUGACCGGAUUGCGAUUGUGGAAUUAUAACAAGAGUCCAGAGGACACUUACAGAGGAGCCAAGGUUGUCCAUGUGACAUUGGAUGGCAAGCUCCUCUCCCCAGCAGACGGAUACCUAAUCCGGAAGGGUCCAGGCAACUGUUACUUUGACUUCGCCCAAGAGAUCAGCUUUUCCCCACAAACUCAGACACAGAAUGUGCCUUACCAAAUCCAGCCGACUGUAAGCGGAAAGAACGUUGCAUUGGAGCUUGCGAGUCAGGACUACGAAUCUGUACAAAUGCCAUGUGGAUUUAUCUACCAGUUCCACCUGGUGUCAACGCAUGGCGAUCCAUACUAUGUUGGCCUAAAUGGUGUGGAGUUCUUUGAUGGGCAAGGAAACAAAAUAGAGCUUACAGAAAACCACAUAUCAGCCUACCCAGACAGUGUGAAUGUUUUAGAUGGCAUUACUAAUGAUAUCCGGACCCCGGAUAAGCUCAUCGAUGGCUUUAAUGACACCCCAGAUGGUACCCACAUGUGGUUAGCACCAGUACUGCCAAGUAUUAUGAAUCGAGUGUAUGUUAUAUUUGACCAGCCGAUGACAAUAUCAAUGAUCAAGUUAUGGAAUUACAGUAAGACAGCCAGCAGAGGUGUCAAGGAUUUUGGGCUGUAUGUUGACGACCUGCUGGUCUACAAUGGCACCUUAGAUCCAGUUCAGCCAGUAGCCAGAGGUAUCCUGCCAACCAUCAAUGCACCCCAGCCAUAUCACACGAUUGUCUUCACAAAUGAUAAAGCCAUACUACAGAAGGAGAGACACACAAUAAUCAGUAACCGUCCAGUUGAUCAAGAUGUCCAGCUAACCAAUGAUAAGACUGUCAUGACACAUUACUCAAAUCCAAAGAGCCAAACGAAGAAAAACGUUGAUCAAGCCCUCCGUCCAAAAACGAGCGUCCCGGCCAAAAAAAGAUGAUAAGUCUUCUUUACUGUCUGCUGGUUUCAACUGCAAGAGAUUAAAACCACUGUGAUAAUCAUGUCUUUAUACUUUGCCAAUACGUCCUGUCCCAUGAUGCAGAUGAUUAUCCAUAACCUGUGCAUGAUGUUGAUUACUCUCCUGACUCAGUGCGGGGAUGACUUCGAUCAUGGCGUCGAUAACUGUCAAUAUUUUUGCAGGAUGUCCUCACUUAUGGUUUAAGUGACUGUCCAUAAUCUGUGCUGGGCGUCCUCAGUCAUGUUGUAGAUAACUGUCCAUAUUCGGUACCAAGGUGUGUCGUUCCAUUGUAUAGGUGCCUUUCUGUAAUGUGUCCCAUAGCAUGCUUUAUCAUCUGAUGGGUCUUUUGCUGAGUAUUAGCACAGCACUUUGAAGUCAAAAUUUAUCAAGCACAAUCUGAUAUAUCACCGAUACCGUUCCGCCCUCCGAAUUUUGGCUGCUUAAAUCUAUUGCAAACAGAAUACAUGUAUGCAAAGAUGGUAGUAUUUUUCCUAAUUUCCGUCCACGUUUGUAUAAAGUACGUUUUAUAUCGGGUGUACUUAUUCAUUAAUGUGAAUGAGUGUCUCAAAAUUACUAUUUCUGUGACUAGGAUAUUUGAUUUUUCAUUUCAAGUGUAUUGUAUCACUAUAAUUGUAAGAUGUACUUCACAUGACUCAAACUACAGGAGAUAUUCUUGUAUGAUAUCGCUCAUUAGAAGAAUCUGUAUCUUCUGGUUUCUAAAUCUGGAAUACAUGUAGAUGCGAAAAAUCUUUUGAAGUUGUCCUCUCUAUACAUGUAUGUCUUAGUCUAAACGUACACUUUAGAUACGCAUCAAUGCUCAAUUAUGUCUUGCCUAGUGGGUUUGUACAGAGAUAAGAUGAGUGUGGCAUUAGCAAAAAGCCACCAUGGUGUGGAGAUUGAUAAAGCGCUGUCAGGGUUAAUCAAAAUGAAACGAAAGGCCAGGGAAGUUAGUCGUUGGAAAUUAGAAUACAGUGCCUGGACUGCUUACUUAUCUUGUUUAAAUUUAUGUCUCCAUACAUACAUCAUGAUUGCGCAAUGUGUAAAAUAUAAUGAUCUUUGUUAUCAUAUGGGCCUAACUGUCAGCAGAAGAUCAGAGAUACUGGUAUUUAAUGAUGCUUUGCCGAAGCAUGGACCUAUACCAUCGUGUUUGGUACCAAAACUGGGUGUUCAUUAGGCUGUAUGUGUUUUCAAGAAAAGACCGAUGUAUUUGUUAAAUUGAA